AUGGAUUAUGAUUUGUCGAGUACUAUAAAAGCAGCACGACGUUACAGCGUCAUAACAACUGUCGAAUCGAUGACGACAACUAGUAAGGUCAACAUUAUGUGUUUGUCCUCUGCAAGUCAAACGCCGGCCGGCAAAAAAAAACUGAAACUGAUCGAAGCGGCAAGUCAAGGUGAAGAUUGUGAGGAGGAUGCCGACUAUAUGUUCAGGAAACUUGAGGAAGAAUAUGAUAGAUGUGGACUCAAUAUCAACCUCACAAAAACCGAAUACCUGAAAGUACGAGAAGAACAAACUGAAGAUCCUGAACUACACAUACAUGAAAUUAAAAGGUGUAGCAAAUAUAAAUAUUUAGGAAGUAUUAUAUCUGAUGAAGGGGGGGAUUCUAAGAAAGAUAUACAUAGUAGAGGUCAACAAGGUAAGAAAGUAAUCGGUCUUUUAAACCCUCUCCUGUGGUCAAAUAAAACAUCCAUUCAAACAAAGCUAAGGAUUUACAAAGCAAUGGUAGAGCUCAUUUUAACAUACGGUGACGAAUGCUGGCAUUUUACAUCAAAAGAAAGAAGGUUGGUCGAGUCAGUGGAGAUGGACUUUCUCAGAAGAGCGUGUCGAAUAUCAAAGAUGGAGCACAUUAAAAAUGAGGAGAUCAGGCAAAGAACAAGACGAAUAUAUACCAGCACCGACAAUAUCGAGUCGAGACAGCUAAUAUGGUUUGGGCACGCAAAAAGAAUGGGAGGGGAAAGAUGGCCAAAAAGGGCAAUGGAGUAUCGUCACCAAAGCAGAAGGAAAAGAGGAAGACCUACAACUACGUGGUUAGAUGGAGUAGACCAGUACAUGAGAGAUAGAGCUAUUAACCAGGAAGAAUGGCAAAAUCGAACAAUAUGGAGGUCGAAAUGCGGGAUGCGGCAGAAGCUGAAAUAG